CAUAUAUUACUGCUCUGUGAAGUUAUGAGACGUAAUUACUGCUUCAGACCAGCAGGUGGCAACCCUAGCCCACCUUGGCGUCACCUCCUCUUGCAGCCUCCCUGUUUUCCAUCAAUCCUGCAGAUUGUUUCUUCUUCAUCUCGCUUUAACACUAGAUGCUUCCCUCCUUCUCCGUCCUCUCGUCACUGUGGAGCUCUUCAGCCGAGGACUGCCAAAUUCCAGCCGGUAAGGGUUUCCUUUCCUAUUGGAAGACGGCAGGUGCGUCCUGCCUGUCUCUGUCUCACUCCAAGCCUCGGCAAUACAAGGGAUUUAUGAAGACUGCUGCAUUUGCCGGAGAUGCUGCGGAUUUCAUGCAGAUCUAAUGAGGACCUCUCUUCCAAGUGCUGAUCUAUGACAUUCUGAUUCUUUGAAUGCUGAGAAAAUUAUGUCAAAAUAUACUCCUCUUCUACAUGUAAGGUUCUUUAUUGGGAAGGCAGAGACCUAUAACUGAUGCUACAGAUAUGUGACAUGAAUGGCCUCCUGACGGUACCAUAGACACUUAGCUGUGUCCAUAAUGUGUGAUCUAGUAAAGCCUGUUGGCGACGGCGAGUUAAGAAAUAACAACCAGCAGGGUGCUAAUGAUCCCAAUGCCAACACUGUUCAGACAGAGGAUGGUGGGAGAACUGGACAUACUGACUCUCUGUUGGGGAUUAUGACUGAGACAGCAGAGCAAGACAAAGUUAUCAUCUGGGGCACAGACUCUCAGUGUGAUGACCCCGAGCUGGCUGAGUUUGAGGUGUUGGAGUGUCAGGAGCUGGAGGCCUAUCUGGUUGAGGAGGGGGAUUUUGAAGGGCUCGCAGAGAAGAGCAUGCCACAAGAGGAACCCUCAUCCUCCUGUAAAACCACAGAAACUAAAGCUGUAGACGAUAUGAAUUGGAAAGGAACGGAAUGGGUUGUGGGUGUUGCCUGUGAGCAGGAAUCAUCCGUGUCUCAUGUUUCUGAUACUGAUGUUUUUGUGACCUGUCUGUCCACCACUGCUACUCUGACAACAGACUCCUGGCACAUUGCCCCUGGUUCCCACUCUGUCCUUUCAGAGGACCUUACUGUGGCCUCCCAAACCUGCAGCACUGUCUCUGAGCGAGACAAAGCCUCUCAAAAAGCUGAUCCGUCAGUCCUUGCUAGAAAAACAACACACCAGCAAAGUUUAUACAAUAAUUUGAAUUCAACACUUAGUUCAGAGAUUAUUGUACCGCAACUACAAGUGCAGAAUGGUGUCUUAAGCAAAGAUGCAAGCAAUGAGCAGAAAAAGGAUAAUCACCAGAGGAAUGAGGCAGGAAAAAACACUUCAAAGGGAGAUUGUGAUAACUCCGACCACAAGGCUUUAUUCUGUGCAGAAAGGAACACUAAAACAGAUAAAAGCACACAAGCCAGUGAAAUCCUCGAGUGGAUAAAUCCAGUCAAAAGUGGCGCAAAGGCGACUCAGCCAUCAAGUGAACACAAAGCCAUAAGAAAACAAGGCUCAUUUGAUAACAGUAUGAAGAAACAAAACUCUUUUGACAAGAGUCUAAAAAAGCAGCCUUCCUUUGAGAAUUCUUUGAAGAAGCAGCUUUCUUUUGAUAACAGCUUAAAAAAGCAGGGCUCCUUCGAGAACAGCACCAGCUUGUCAUCUCAGGAGCGGCGGAAAACUUGGGGAAGCCCUGGACGAUCGGCAACCCCAACAUCCCCUAAAACUACCUCCUGCUCGCCUAAGAGACAACCACCCGGUUCUCGAGUUAAAGUCGAGGGAAAAAGGGCUUUAAGUUUGGAAAGAAGUGCCACUUUUCAAAAAAAUGUAAGUCAAAUCAUCAGACCCCCCAAUAAGACAAAUAUAAGCGGUGGAAUUCCCAAAGCUAUUGCUCCUCCACAGAAAGAAAUUGAGCCCAGGAUUUCCUCUCUACCACAGAAGCCUAAAAAUGUGAGACCAAAAAUCAUUACAUACAUCCGAAAAAACACACCAGCUAAAUCACAGGACACCAGCACGCAGUCUGAAGGCUCAACGGAGCCACCUCAACCAUUGUCUUCCUCUGGUCCACUCACUCACAGGGAUUCAAAGGGUGUUCCUCAAUCCAGAUCCACCCCGGUGCUCAGCUCCUCCAAUGUGCUUUUUGACAAAUAUCGACAGGAAUUGCAGAAGGGAGGGUACUAUCCUCCAGGCACAGCUCCGAUGGGCAUGAAACCUCCAAGCAACACUGCCCCUCAGAGGGUGAGCGGGAAAUCAGAGAGCUUUCAUGAAGAGAUGUCAAAGAAAUACCUACAAGAGCGUCUUUACCAAGAUGGUGGAAGCGUCUACCGUUCACCCAGAACCCUUAGGCCUCAGCUGGGUUUGGGGGCAGUCACCAGGCAGCCUGCGGCCAAGACGAGAGUCCAGCAGAUGGGUCAAAGGUCAGCUCCACAUUCAUGGCACACAGCCAGAGUGUCCACCCCAGGCCUCCAGGAUCAGGCAGGUCUUGACGGGCAGAAGAGAUCAGGUCCAGAGGCCACGCCUAAAAGCCUCCUGCUGAAGUCGGGCCAGUCCGGUCUCCGUCCUCCAGGCUUCUCCAACCUUCCAGCUGCUCGACUGGCUGCUUUAGGUGUCAUACGGAGCUCCAGCGUCUCAUCUGUGUCCAGCAGCCAAUCCAAUGACAGCUGUCACAGCGACCCCUGUCAACUCCUUCACUAUCCCAGCUCUGGCAGUGAUGAAACACUUCCACAUAAAGCUGUCAUACUUCUCAGUGGAGCCUCCCAUGUUCAGGACAAGGUUCAGCCCUCCAACGCUUCAGGUCUGCAACGUCGUAACGUGUCACCACAGCACAGCUCCUCCCUCGUGUCGAGGACAGAGCUGCAAAAGGGCACUGAGGCUGUGCUCUCACCAAGAUCUUCACCUAAGAGAUGUGCUGUUGUUCCACCAAAGCCACAGUCACCCGCUCGCGGCCGAACAACAGUAGUUCACAGCGCCCCUCGGACAGGAAGGUCACAAGAGCUGGACCAGGCUCUGUUCCGGGAGCUGCAGGAGCGAUGUGAGCAGCAGGCCCUGCAGCUGAAGACUCUUCAAGCCCAUUUGAAGAAGGCCUCUCUGUGCCUAGAUGUUUUCAGCAUCACCACUCUGCACUUCUGUGACAAGAAUGAGAGCGCCAUUGUGAAAGAGAGGGAACUGUCCCUGGAGCUCGCCAGAAUCAGGGAUGAAGUGGCUGUCAGUGUCGCGCACUGGGAGCAGCUGCAGCAGGAGAAGGAGGACCAGGAGCGUCGUUUUGAGGCUGAGCUGCAGGGACUGCGGACUCAGCAGCAGAAGGAGCUGGGAGCACUGGAGGAGAGGCUGAAGGCUCGGCACAUAGAAGAGACCGAAAGCCUGCAGGCCCAUCAACGAGCUGAGCUGGAGGAGCUACGCUUCAGACACCAAGAGCAGCUUGAGGAGAUGACAGAGAAUCAUGAAGCAUCUUUGACGGAGAUGGAGACGGCCCACAAUGACACACUGGACACACUGCAGGAGGAGCACGCCAGAACAGUAAAGAAUCUAAAGAUGGCUCACGAACAGCAGAAGAAGUCUCUAGAGGAAGAGUUUGAGAAGACCAGACUGUCGCUCCAGGUUUAUUUUUCUCUUUCAAGGAAAAUUUUGCAAAAAAAAUUACCAUUGACAGAUUUUUGUGUGUUUGAUUUCAAGGACCAGGUGGACACGCUGACGUUUCAGAAUCGCAGCCUCAGAGAUCGAGCAAAGCGGUUUGAAGAAGCUCUUCGUAAGAGCACAGAUGAGCAGAUAGUUGAGGCUUUAGCUCCAUAUAAGCAUAUUGAGGAGGACCUAAAGAGCCUAAAAGAAAUUCUGGAGAUGAAAAAUCAACAAAUCCAUCAACAGGAGCUGAAGAUUUCGGAACUGGAGAAAAUACAGGCUGAAAAGAAUGUGUACCUGGAAGAAAGACUACAAGUGUUGCAGCAGCAGAACGAAGACCUGAGAGAGCGGAUAGACAAGAAUCGGGCUGUGUCAAGGCAACUCUCUGAAGAGAACGCCAACCUGCAGGUGCACGUGGAGAUGGAGAGCAAAGAGAAGAAGCGCCUGAGUCGCACCAAUGAGGAACUGCUGUGGCGUUUGCAGACAGGCGAGCUGAGUCCACACAUGACCCCCAGCUCCUCCCCUAUUCACCGACCAGCCUCUGGACCAGGCUCCCCUGCCCGUCCACACUCCUACCAUCAGUGACUGUUUGUACCAAACAUUUUAUUUUAUCAGUGUUUUAUUUAACUCUGAAAAACAUUCCUCUGUUUUAAAGGAAUAUUAUACAAUCAGUGGACAAAGAGACAGUAAUAUGUUCUGUUUGGUUGAAAAAUCUCCUUAACUAUAUGAUACAUUUUUGAACCACAGAUUUUUUUUCUUUAACCUCACGAAUUGUACUGAUUCUACAAAGAGCAAAAGCUUAGCAUCUUUUUCCAGCAGGUUAAAGUUCAGAGAGCAUCGCUGUGCCUCAUUUACAUGUUUUCGCCUCCAUCGACAUUUUCGCCUUCCCUUCCAGCUCUCAGGAUGAUGGAUAAAUAAGACAUAGUAAACUGUCAAAGCUCAAUAAUAAAAUCAUGAAGCGCCUUCUGUCAUCCAUUCUCUCCCACCAGCAAGAUCCACAUGGAGCUCUGCA